AUGAAUAAAGUUAUUUUAACCAUCACUUUACUCCUCGCUUUUGCUGCUUUGUUUGCCACUGCUGCUCCACAAAUCUGCUCAAGCCAAUACGAAUGUGACUCUGACCAAUACUGUGUUAACGGAUAUUGCGCUGGUUGCAAGUCUGACUGUGACUGCAAGGGUGGUCAAUUCUGUUCUUUCAAUACCCUCGACUUUGGUCGUUAUGGUACCUGUCAAAAGUUCGAUGUUGAUGGAGAUGAUUGCAUUGAUUUGUCAUUAGGAUCAAUCCAAGAUGAACGUGUUGACAACUCUACCAAGUGUGCCGUCACCUACUACGAUGUCCGUAACUCUGUUGGUAACCGUAUGGUUGUUGAAAAGCUCGGUUCCUGUAUGUCUGGCAAAUGCCGUAUUUGUGACUACGCCAAUGACGGUAGUAUUUGUACCACCGGUAAGUCUGGUCCACGUACCUGUGUCUUCCCAGGCAAGACCUACACCCACCACUCUGCUCCAUGGGCUCCAGGAGCAUAUUUUUCAAACACCGUCUCUGUCUGGUUGGCCAUCUUCUUCUGUUUCAUCGUCAUUAUCACUGCUUUCCACGUCAUUGAAAGUAUAACAUUAGAAGGAUUUAAAUCCUAUGCAAGAAAGAUUAAACUUGAUAACUUUGACCCAUCAUUCAAUGCCAUAACAGGUAUGAAUGGUAGUGGCAAGAGUAAUAUCUUGGAUGCUAUAUGCUUUGUAUUGGGUAUUUCAAAGUUGGGUCAAGUUCGUGCAACAAAGUUGGAUGAUUUAGUGUACAAACAAGGUCAAGCAGGUAUCACUAGAGCUACAGUAUCCAUCACAUUUAACAAUCUAGAUAAAUCUCGUUCUCCACUAGGUUAUGAGACUCAUGAUAGUAUUUCAAUUACAAGACAAGUAGCAAUAGGAGGUAGAACAAAAUAUAUGAUUGGUGGUCAAGCAGCAACACAAGAUAGAAUUAAAAAUCUUUUUGAUUCUGUUCAAUUAAAUGUUAAUAAUCCUCAUUUCCUUAUUAUGCAAGGUCGUAUCACAAAGGUUAUCAAUAUGAAACCACAUGAAUUCCUUUCAUUGGUUGAAGAAGCUGCUGGUACUAGAAUGUUUGAACAAAAGAAAAAAUCUGCUCUUGAUACAAUUGCAAAAAAAGAAUUAAAAUUGAUUGAAAUUAAUAGAAUUUUAAAUGAAGAAGUAACACCAAAAUUAUUACAAUUAAGAACAGAGAAACAAGCAUUGACACAAUUUUUAAAUAAUGAGAAGCAAUUGGAACAAUUGGAAAGAUAUUGUACUGCUUAUGAAUACUUUGAAUCAAAUAAAAAGGUUCAAGGUCAAUCAGAGACAAUCAAGGAAAUGAAUUUGGAAAAGAAAACAUUGCAAGAUCAAAUGGUAGAAUAUACAUCAGAGAUUGAUGCUACCAAAAAGAAAAUGAAACAAAUGCAAGACAAUAGACAGAAACAGUUUAAUAAUCAAAUCGAAGAGUUGGAAGCCAAAGAAGAUAAAUUGGGUCAGUUGGUGGCCAAACAAGAGACUCUACACAAACACAAAAAAGAAGCAUUGGAUCGUGAAAUAUCGUCGGUUGGUUCGAUUGCAAAGUCUACCAAUGAAAUCAAACAAUCCAUUGCCAACAAGAUCAAGGAAAAGACGGCCAUGGAGAAAAAGAUUGAAGGUAUUGUACAAGAGAAUGAUCGUUUGGGUGCACUCGUCAAACAACUUCAAAACAAGUUGGAAGGUAUUGCAGCUGGUAUCACUACCGACGACGAUCAAGACAAUGGUUCAUUCACUGAUCAAUUGAUGAAUGCUAAAAAAGAGGCUGUUCGAGCUGCAUCGGAAUUCAAACAGGCCGAAAUCCGUAUCAAACACAUGACAGAGGAAUUGUCAACCAAAAAGAAAAGUGUCAACAAGGAGGAAGAAGAUUUCAAGAGAAUGAGAAACGAAGUUGGUUCGGUUGAAAAGGAAGUAGUUCGUCUUCGUGAACAAGUUCAAUCUCUCGAAGGUGGUCACUUGCGUCAAGAAGAAUUGUUGGUUAGAAAGGGUGAACUCGAACCAACUUGUUUCCAAAUCCGUGAGAGAAUUGGUGUCCUGGCCUCUCAAUUGUCGGGUAUGGAGUUUACCUAUUCAGAUCCAUCAAGAGAUUUUGAUCGUUCCAAAGUUCGUGGUGUCGUUGCCAAUUUAAUCUCUCUCAAAGAUGCCGAUACUGCCACUGCCCUCGAAAUUUGUGCCGGUGGUAAACUCUACAAUGUCAUUGUUGAAGAUGAAAUCACUGGUAAAGCUCUCCUUGCCAAAGGUAACCUACGUCGUCGUAUGACAUUCUUACCUCUCAAUCAAAUCGAUGGUUAUACAAUCGACGAUAGAAAAGUAAAAGGUGCUGAAAAAUUGGCUGGUAAAGAUAAUGUUAAAACUGCAAUCUCUCUUGUCAAUUAUGAUCCAUCACUUCAAAAAGCUAUGAAUUUUGUUUUUGGUUCUUCUUUUAUUGCAAAAGAUAAAAAAUUUGCACAAAUGGUAGCAUUUGAUAAAGAUAUUAAAACAAAAACAAUUAGUUUAGAAGGUGAUGAAUAUAAUCCAGUAGGUUCAUUGACUGGUGGUUCAAGACAACAAUCUGGUUCAGUUUUGAAUCAAAUCCAAAAAUUAAAUGAAAUGAAUGCUCAACUCAGACAACAUCAAACUGAAUUGGAAAAGAUCAAUUAUCAAUUGGCUCAAGCAAAAUCUUCAUCUGAUCAAUAUAAACAACUCAAACAAAAUCUUCAAUUAAAAGAACAUGAACUUGGUUUAAUUAAUCAAAGAUUAGAAUUUAAUCCCCAAGCUCAAUUACUUUCUAGUAUAAAAGAAAUUGAAAUUAAAUUAGAAUCUGAUAAACAAUUAUUAGAAGAUAGUAAAAAGAGAGAAAAAGAAGCAAAUGCAAAGGCAAAAGAAUUGGAAAGUCAAUCAAAUGAUUUCCAAGCAAGAAGAGAUAAACAAUUAAAAGAGAUUGAAAAGAAUUUGGCAGAAAACAAGGAAAAGUUUAACAAGUCCAACAAAAUUGUUAAAAGUGAACAACAAGGUAUUGAAAAGUUGACAUUUGAAAUUGAAGAAUUGGAAUCUGAAUUGGCAACCAUCACCAAAGAAUCUGCUUCAAGUGAAGAUGUCACUAAAAAGCUUCAAAAGGAACUUGAACAACUCUCAAAGGAUUUGGAAAAGGCUACAGAUGAUUACAAUGGUGUGCGAGAUGAAUUGGAAAAACUUAGACAAGACUUUAAGAAUCUAAAUGAAUCGAUCAGAGAAAUGUCUGGUCAAGUUGAAAAGUUGGAGAAAAAGAUUUUCGAUACUGGUCUAAAUGUUAAAAAGGCAGAACAUAAAAUCUCUACUUUUACAAAGGAAAUUGCUGAAGCUGAAGCUUGUAUUCGUAAUUUAGAUAAACAACAUCCUUGGAUUAAAUCUCAAAAACAUUUCUUUGGAAUGCAACAUGGAGAUUUUGAUUUUGAAAAUAAUCCACAACAAAAAAUUAGUGCAAUGUUGAAACUUCGAGCUCAACAAAAUGAAACUGGCGGUAACCUCAACAAGAAUGUUUUAAAGUUACACGAUCAAGUAGAAAGAGAUUAUGUAGAUUUGAAAAACAAAAAGGAAACUGUUGAAAAGGACAAGGAAAAAAUUGAAGCAGUCAUUAAAGAAUUGGAUGAAAAGAAAAAUGAAUCACUUGAAAAAACUUGGAAAAAAGUUAACAACGAUUUUGGUAAAAUUUUCUCUGGUUUAUUAAAAGGUGCAACAGCAAAAUUGGAACCAUUAGAAGGUAAAUCAGUUUUGGAAGGUCUUGAUGUAAAGGUAGCUCUUGGAGGUGUUUGGAAGGAUACACUUAGUGAAUUGAGUGGUGGUCAAAAAUCAUUGUUGGCCUUGUCAUUAAUUUUGGCUCUCUUACUUUUCAAUCCCGCUCCAGUCUAUAUUUUGGAUGAAGUCGACUCUGCUUUGGAUCUUUCUCAUACUCAAAACAUUGGUGAAAUGCUCAAAGAAUACUUUAACAAUGCUCAAUUUAUUGUAGUCUCUCUCAAAGAGGGUAUGUUUAACAAUGCAAACAUUCUCUUUGAAACUAGAUUUGUUGAUGGUAUCAGUGAAGUUCGUCGUAACAAUCUUAAUCAAAAUAAGAAAAAGAAACUUCAAUAA